AUGUGGUUCCUGGUCCUGAGCUCUGCCCUGUUCCUGGCCCGUACUGGCGCCGCGCCCCCCAUCCAGUCCCGGGUUGUAGGGGGCUGGGAGUGUAAGGAUCCCCAACCCUGGCAGGCGGCGCUGUAUCACUACAGCCAGUUCCAGUGCGGGGGCGUCCUGGUGCACCCCCAGUGGGUGCUCACAGCUGCCCACUGCAUAAACGACAAUUACCAGCUCUGGCUGGGUCGCCACAACCUGUUUGACCAUGAAGACACAGCACAGUACGUCCAGGUCAGUGAGAGCUUCCCACACCCUCAGUUCAACCUGAGCUUCCUGAAGAACCACACCACCUACCCAGGAGAAGACUACAGCUACGACAUCAUGCUGCUCCGCCUGACAAAGCCCGCCCAGAUAACAGACGCCGUGAAGGUCCUGGACCUGCCCACCGAGGCGCCCCAACUGGGGAGCACCUGCUAUGCCUCUGGCUGGGGCAGCAUUGAACCAUAUCCAUUCAAGUUCCCAGAUAACCUCCAGUGUGUGGACCUCGAACUCCUGCCCAACGAAAAGUGUGCCAAAGCCCAUCCCGAGAAGGUGACAGAUGUCAUGCUGUGUGCUGGACACCUGAAGGGUGGCAAGGACACCUGCUCGGGUGACUCAGGCGGCCCGCUGAUCUGCGAUGGCAUGCUUCAAGGAAUCACGUCAUGGGGCCACACACCCUGUGCCCGGCCCGAUAAGCCUGGUGUCUUCACCAAACUAAUAGCCCUCCUUGAUUGGAUCAAGGACACCAUGGCAGCCCACUCCUGA